AUGUCGUCCUUCUUCGGUCUGUCCAAGACGCGCACCUUCAAGCCCAAGCGCAACAUCCCCGAGGGCACCAAACAGUAUCAGCUCAAGCGAUAUGCGGAAGCGACACUCGGCAGUGGCAACCUUCGCCUGGCGGUAGUGCUUCCGGAGGGCGAGGAUCUUAACGAGUGGCUCGCGGUCAACACGGUCGACUUUUUCAACCACGUCAACAUGCUGUACGGUACCAUCACCGAGUUCUGCACAUCGACCGAGUGCCCAGUGAUGUGCGCUGGUCCCCGCUUUGAGUACCACUGGCAGGACGCCAACUCGGCGCUUUACCGCCGACCCACCAAGAUGUCGGCGCCAGAAUACGUCGACUGCCUGAUGAACUGGGUGCAGUCGCAGCUCGACGAUGAGGAGCUCUUCCCCAGCAAAGUUGGCGUUCCUUUCCCCAAGAACUUCCCUGCUGUGGUGAAGUCGAUUCUCAGGAGACUCUUCCGUGUGUACGCGCACAUCUACAACCACCACUUUGCCCAGGUGUGCGCACUCAGCAUCGAGGCGCAUCUCAACACGUCGUACCGUCACUUUUUGCUGUUCAUCACCGAGUUCCAGCUGGUAGAGCCACGAGAGCUGGCGCCAUUGGUCGAGCUCAAUGAGGCCAUCUUGGGCGAGGCAUAA